CUGCACCCUGGCUUUGAACAUGAGCCAGUGGAGACCUUCUGCCCAGGGACAGCUCUUGGAGCUGCAUCAGAAUGGUCCCCGGUGGUCUGGGCCGCUCCAGGCCUCUCCUCCGACAGAUUUGGCUGCUGGUCUUGGGGGUGUGGGUGGUCCUAGCCCUGCCUCCCACCCCCACCCCAGCAGGCCGGUCCCUGCUGUUGUAGCCCAGGGCUCCAGGCUCUCCACUCCCAGCUGGUCCCAGCUCUGCGGGGAAACAGGCCAGGUGGGUGGAACAGGGAGGAGGUCAGGGAGCUGCAGGUGGAUGCAGCCUAACAGUCUCGGCGGCCUGCCCAGGCUUAUGCAACCCUCCCCCUCGGCAGGACCGCUCGCUGGGGCAUGUCGGGCUGGGCUCCCUCAGCAGCGGCAGCACCGAUACCUGGCAGCCCUUGGAUGCAGCCACGCCCCACGGCAGGCACCUCACACCGAGCGGGCCAGGGAGGCUUGGCUUCAGACCCUAAGCCCGGUGCUGACUACAGACGACCAGAAAGAGAGCACUCUUGAGGGACACAGAGAGACAAUUCUCAAAGCCAACAGAGCUGGGGCAAAUUUUUCAACUUAAUAUUUUUCUUCCAAAGAGCCUGAGCUCAGUACUUGAAACCCGUAAGCUAAGGACAUCCUCCAAGCUUCAGAAGGAAAAAUCACCAGGGGCCUAUGACCUACAGGAUGAGUGAGCUUCUGAGGGAGGCUGAUGUGGGAUUGCAGAAGCAGGAGCAUGGCCCUGUGCACCCUGCAGCCCCGCAGUCGGCGAGGCAGAGAACGGGCAAGGGCCCAGGCAGGAGGGCUGCUGCCCUCACCUCUUCUCCCAGAGGACAGGGACGUGGGGGAAGCAGAGGAAUGUGGUUGUGGAGCAAGGGUGCGUUUGACAGUGCUGAAGUUUCGGGAGAGGCCCCAGCCCUCGCCCCCUCAAAACACAACAAAGGUCUGAGAGAGAAGAAUGCGCCCGCCGCCGCCCAGAACCCGUCCUGCAGGCACUGGCGUCCGUCUGUCCGGGGGCCUUUAAUGGGCCACCUCAUUCCUAGGGUUGAUUCACCAGCGCCUGGCCCAGGCCUGGCCUCUGGGCUGGCAUUGCACCUCUCUCUGAGCCUGAGUGUCGGGGUCUGGCUGUCUACCCCGGCUUGUUCCCCUGCCACAGGAGCUGUCUGGCUGGGGGUGGGCAGGGGCAAUGGUGAGCUUCUCAUGCAGGCUCACCAGCUGUUGGAGACCUUGGCUGAGAAUUCAAAGCUGGAUGACAUUUUCCAUUUCUCAAUCCAGGUGGAGACAAACAGGAACCCCUACCCUCCUCUGCCUGUCAGUACUGGAUGGUGUGAGCGAGGUCCCCCAGCCGCACCACAGCAGGAGACAGCAGAUGAGGGACGGGCUGAGCCCACAACAGUGGCUGCUCUGGGCUGUUCUCCUCCACCAGAGGGAAGGCUCAUGGUCAGGGUCCUGAGAUCCAUGCAUUUGGGAGGUAGACCUGUGUCCUUUGCCCGCCUCUGCUGUUCCACACAAACCUGGCCGAGCUGGUGCUGGGAGACCGGGGCCAGAGAGAGUGGGCCUGCCUGCUUUGGCUCUCUGGUCCACCUCCACCGUGAGAGAGGGGCAGAGGAGGCUGGACGGGCGGCCACCCGCCGCCAGGGUGGGGAUGUUUGCCUCAUCCCACCCACCCUGCCAAACCUGUCUCCCUGCCACCCCCAUGAGCAUGUCCCUCCUGUGGCCACACGAACAGGGAGUGCGCACUGGCGUGCCACCUGGCACUGAGUGUCGCUGAGUGGCAGGAGGCAGGAAGCAGAACUGGUUGGGCCCUGCUUGUGGUGCUCUCUGUCCCUAAUUAGAUGUUUCCGGCAAGGCGGUGGCGCUGUGACCACUCAUCACCCACCCACAGCUGUGGAGUAUGGCAAGGCCAAACUAGCCUGGCCCUCUUCCUACUGCCUGGGGGCUUAUGGGUCCCCUCCUGCUAGCCCAACUUGCCUCUACCUGGACAAUGUUUAGGGCCAGGCCCAGAGCAGAGGCACGGACACCGAGGAACCGUGUCCAGGGCAGUUGCCCAUCGAGGCCUGUCUCCUGCCUUAGCCUCUGUAAGUCCUCCAUCUCUUGGAUGGAAAGCUGUUGGCCCAGAUGUUGGGCAUGAGGCCUGUCCCUGGCUGUCUGGAGAGAGCAAAUGAAGCAGAUGCAAGGAUGACCCCCUCCUGGGCCCCGCUGACCACAUGGGUGCUGCCCCGGAACAUGGGGGUCAGCCCAGUUCUGAAGGUGAGACGGCAUGUCAGCACAGUGCAGCUGCUUUUCAGCAGCCUUACACCCUUAUCAGGAAGGGCUGGUGCCCCCGUGCCCAUCUCCUCUGUUCUCUGUAGGUCAGCUAGCAAAUCAUCCAAAAGGACCCAGCACCAGCCAGAGGCAGGCCAGCCCAGAAACGCAUGGGCCAGUCUCUGCUCUUUCUGUUCCCACUGUGAACUUCCAGAAGUUCCUUCAGACAGUAUAUUUUCCCUCUUUCCCAACCACUUUUCACUGGGUAUCCACAAAGAAGUUAAAACUGUGCCUUGGACCUCCUGCCAGGGUGCCCGCCCAGAACAGUGGGGGCAGUGCUUCCUGUGGCAGCCCCCACCCAGCCGGGCACAGGCCCAGUGUCCCUGUGGGACUCCAUCCAGGACUUGCUGAAAUGGCCGAUGAUACAAAGGAGCCCCGACUUCACCCAUGGCCAGCUUCCCUCGCCAUCCUCCCUGCGGCCAAAGGACUUGCCCUCACCUGUUCUUUCCAGGACAAAUCCUCUGCCAGGUUUCCGCCUCAGGACACCCAAGCUCAGCACAGACAGCCUAGCAGCCUGGGUGACAGGAUCCCGGCGGACAGGUAGGAGUCUCAGCUAGCUGCUGCCCAGGCCCAUCCUGCUCCUCUGUCUCUAUCCACUGUGUGGCUGUCCGCUCUCCCAGCCCCACUCCCUGGCAAGCACAGCAAACAUCUCCUUCGCUGCCAAACACGGCCAAGGAACCACUACAGGGUAACCAUCCCAUCGGAGGCUGGAGCUCUCCCCAUCCUCACCCCCGACGCAUCCUCGGGCCCCAAAGCUCACUCUCAGCCUUCCUGACCAGCUAGAAAGAGACCUGCCCAAGUGCCCACACUACCUAGCGGUAGAGCCAGGCUGGGCCGCAUUCCUUGAAGGAAGCUCCAGUGUCCCACCGCCCAGCUUGCUGGCCUCCCUGAGCUCGAGUGUCCACCAGGCUAGUGGCAGAGCAGACCGUGGCCAGCCCAGUGACAGAGGGGAGGCUGGGAAGCCUGGAAGAGGCCCUGGGAUGCUCCUUGACUCCAGCUUCCAGUCUGUCCUCAGGUGCCUUCUGACCUGGAGAUUUCACUCAGCAGGGGGUGGGGCUCUGCUGGGGGGUUGGGAGAACCAGCUUCAACCCUGUUCCUGGAGCCCUUCCCUGGUCAGUCCAGGAGGUAGAAUUUACCCCCUGGGUACAGGUGCCUGGGUUUAUCCUCAAGGAACCAGGCAUUACUCCCUGUCACUCCAAGUCAAUAUUGACAUAACAAAGGAAGGCGAGGGGAGGGCAGUUGUGGGGGGGGCGGUGGCUCAAGGUGGCUUCCUAGCCAGUAAUCCUUUCGAGUCUCCAGGGCGCAUGCAUGGAGCUGUCUUCACCUCUUCCCAGGGGAAAGAUUCUGCCCUGGGAGUGAGAAGCUCUAGAACUCUACCUGGGGGAGAGAGGCUGAUGUGAUUGUCAAACUCGGGCCCUGGAAUCAGUGCUGUCGGGCUGGGGCCCAGCACCUCUGGCCAGUAAAACCUUCCCCUUCCAGGUGGUCUCUGGGAGGCUUUGAGGGUCUCAGAGGAACCUGGCAGCAAGGAUUCUCUCCUUGCCAGAGAGAUGAGGACAAAUUCUCUCUUCAUCCUUGAGAUUGGACUCCCGUCACACAUCCUGGAGGAGCCUACAGAGAAGCCGGCAGGUCUCCCUCACCUGGACAGUGGCAGCCGGUGGCCCGGACCACCCAGAGGCCCUCCCCUGCACCUGAUGGGACAGCCCCUGGGGCAUAAGUCUCCCCUGCCACUUCCACUGUGGCCACUAGAACUGUGGUGGAGAAAAUCGCUAGGACACAAAGAAGUCAAUGAUUUCAACAAACGGAAUUUCUUUGUUCUUUGUAAAAGUCAACACAUGAUCUGUUACUGAUUGGGAUGUGAAAUAAAACUAAAAAUAACAGCA